CCUUCAAUUAGCAGGUGCAGGAAAAAUUAAAACUCGCCUCUCUUUAUUUUUUUUCUGCAUCUGUUAUUUAAAUUACCAUAAAUCAGAAAUUCAAAAAAAAAAAAAACGACAAGGUAAAACUCUUUCUUUCCUCAGCCUCCGCUAACCAAGUAAUUCAACAAAAUCCUUUUCUUUUUUGUGAAAAAGGAAAAAAAUCGAAAAAAAGGAUAGUAUGAAAAUGCCGUCCUUGGAGGAUGAACUGUUCCCGUCGACGCCGGGGAAAUUCAAGAUCGAUAGAGCCCACAAUAUGAACCGCCAGUUCCACCGUUGCUUUGCCUCAACCAGCACAAUGUUUUUAUGGGCUCUUUUCUUGAUCGCAUUAACGGCGUCCUAUGAGCUUCCAGAGUUUGUUGAUUCCGGUAGUCGAUAUUUCACCGCUUCCUGGGGUGUUAUCCAAUGGAAAAAACGUCGUAGCUCUGCUCAGAUCCACCGUUCUGGUGGCAUGUCCGUUCUGGUAACUGGGGCGGCCGGGUUCGUAGGUACACUUUCCCUUGCUCUUAAAAAACGCGGAGACGGCGUCGUUGGGCUUGACAACUUUAAUAACUAUUACGAUCCCUCUUUGAAAAAAGCAAGGAAAUCGCUGCUUAACAGCCACGGCAUUCUGGUCAUUGAAGGUGAUUUGAACGAUGCCAAGCUAUUGGCUAAGCUUUUCGACGUGGUGGCUUUUACUCACGUGAUGCAUUUGGCUGCUCAAGCCGGAGUCAGGUACGCCAUGGAAAAUCCUAACUCUUACGUUCAGAACAUAGCCGGUCUCGUAACGGUUCUCGAAGUUUGCAAGUCGGCUAAUCCCCAGCCGGCUAUUGUAUGGGCUUCCUCGAGUUCGGUUUACGGUUUAAAUGAAAAAGUUCCUUUCUCUGAAGAGGAUCGGACCGACCAGCCUGAGUUAUACGCAGCAACGAAAAAGGCAGGUGAAGAAAUUACUCACACUUAACAUAUUUACGGCCUCUCUAUUACUGGUUUAAGGUUUUUUACCGUGUAUGGUCCAUGGGGAAGGCCCGAUAUGGCGUACUUCUCGUUUACAAGAAAUAUUUUGCAAGGGAAACCGAUCACAAUAUAUAGAGGAAAAAAUCGUGCUGAUUUGGCACGAUUUACUUACAUUGACGAUAUUGUGAAAGGUUGUUUGGGGUCAUUGGAUACAUCCGGAAAAAGUACCGGUUCGGGGGCAAGAAAGGGCCCUGCUCCGUAUCGAAUUUUUAAUUUGGGCAACACGUCGCCAGUUAAAGUGCCGGAGUUGGUGAAUAUACUGGAAAGACAUUUGAAGGUGAAAGCGAAAAGGAAUAUUGUGGAUAUGCCCGGAAACGGUGAUGUUCCGUUCACCCAUGCCAAUAUAAGUUCGGCCCAAAGAGAAUUCGGGUAUAAGCCCACAACCGAUUUGCAGACCGGGUUGAAGAAAUUUGUUAGAUGGUAUUUAUCUUAUUAUGGUUAUAAUAAUCGCAAAGGUGUACAAUAAAUUUUUUUUUUAAAAAAAUUCCUUCCCCUUUUAAUUUUUUAAAUUAUAUAGGGAUUUUCUUUUUCCCCAUUCAAAAGAAAAAGAAAGAUGCAAUGGGAAGAAAACGGAAAACCCGUAUAAGUUGAAAAAGAAAAGACGAGGGUUACACAUUCUUUGCUUGGGGGAGUAGUGGAAAACCUUUUAACCCCACUAGUUUUGUUGAUUUUGUUUUGUUCUCUGUAAGUAAAGUUUAAAGACUUCAUUUUCUUAAUUACGUUAAAUGCUUCAUAUUUCGCUUUACUUUA